AUGAGGAAGUCUGGAGUGACGGAGAGGUAUGUUCAAGUGGUGCAGGACAUGGAUGAGGACUGGAAGACAGGGAGAAAUUCCUGUCCUCCCGAGCCCAUAGAAGGGGGCUCUCUUUAUGGCCUCCUCGGAAAGGCGUUUGUAGACACAAACGCUGUCGCACAAAAGGAGGGCGGCGGUGUGAAGGAGCGCCUGGUUCAGCUGCAGCGCUGCAUGCUUUCUCUCCAGGAGUCGGGGGGAGUCCGGACAAGCCAAGAUGGCGACUCACUGGGGGCCAUCCUGGCCCUAAUGGCGGCCGUGCUGACAGAGUGUGACCUCCGCUGUCACAGCCAGGCCCUGGGGGCCAUGGCUAAGCGACUGGGAAGUGCAGCCGUGGGUCGAGAAGGGGAGAAAGACCUCCUUCUAUUCCUCAAGAGCAUCACACAUCAUCCUCCCACAGUUGCACCGUUGGAAAGGUUGCAUCCUCAGGACUGUGCAGAGAUUUACAGACUGGGGAUCAAAGAGAACGGUAUCUACACCAUCCAGCCGGACCUGCAGGGACCAGCAGUGGAGGCUAAAUGUGACAUGGUGACGACGGGGGGCGGGUGGACAGUGAUCCAGAACCGCCAGGACGGCUCAGUGGACUUCAACAGGACGUGGCGGGAAUACCGGGAGGGCUUUGGCAAUCCGCAGGGAGACCAUUGGCUGGGCAACGCCGCGCUGCACGCACUGACCUCCGCCUCCCAGCACCAGCUCCGUGUGGAGUUGGACGACUGGCACCAGCAGAGGCGUCACGCCACCUACGACAACUUCAAAGUAGCCGCAGAGGCACAGAGGUACCGUCUGACAGCUCGCGAGUACUCCGGUGAUGCAGGCAACGCACUGAGCUACAGCAAACGUUACAACCAUGACGGCCGAUCCUUCAGCACCAUGGACCGAGAUCACGACCGUUACGCUGCUGGAAGCUGUGGUCAGUACUACGGUGCAGGCUGGUGGUUUGAUGCCUGCCUGGCCGCCAACCUGAACGGGCGCUACCACCGGGGGCGCUACAGCGGGGUGACCAACGGUAUCUACUGGGGGACGUGGUACAUCCUGACUGACGGGCGAACCGGUGAACGCUACUCCUUCAAGAGAGUGGAGAUGAAGAUAAGGCCACUGAGCUUUGCUGGCUCCUCUUGAAGAUCAGGGAAGGUGAACAUGAGAAGACAAUCAUUUUGUGUGGUUAGCAGUCAUCCUCAA